GUGUUCCUCUUGUUACGGCUACUGACGCAUGAACUUUCAUUAGCGAGGGUCCUGAUAACAUUCAUAAUCCAAUUUAUGAAGCAUUAAAAAAAGUCAGCAGGCAUUCAAGUCAAUUUGCUGUUUGCAACAGUAGAGUGAAGAAACACCUGAGGACACGAGAUAAACUCUGUUUCUAAAUGUCACCACCCUCUCCUGGCAGAUAUGAACAAUUUCAUUCAAGCCCAUGCAAGCUCAAUAAGUCAGACACGCGGGUUUCGGGUGCAGCUGAGUUUGACUCAAGUAUUUAUGUAACCAGCCUGCACCAUUGAGAUACAUGUGACUAAUCCUUAACCUUAGCAAGUCUAAAUUUGCCCUCAUGAUUGGUGCACUUGAGUCUAUCAGCCGGGCCAGUGCAGCAGCAGUGAUGAACUGGUCGGGGCUAGAGAGUCUGCUAAGUGGAGUGAAUAAAUACUCCACAGCGUUCGGGAGGAUCUGGUUGUCCAUGGUGUUUGUGUUCCGGGUCAUGGUGUUUGUGGUGGCGGCGCAGAGGGUUUGGGGCGACGAGAGCAAAGACUUUGUGUGCAAUACUCGACAGCCUGGCUGCACCAACAUCUGCUAUGACCACAUCUUCCCCAUCUCCCACAUCCGUCUGUGGGCGCUGCAGCUGAUUUUUGUCACCUGUCCGUCUCUGAUGGUGAUGGCUCACGUUAAAUACCGCGAAGGGAAGGACCAGAAGUACGUGGAGCUGCACCAAGGCUCUCACCUGUACGCCAACCCUGGGAAGAAGAGAGGGGGGCUGUGGUGGACCUAUCUGCUAAGUUUGGUCUUCAAAGCUGGAUUCGACAUGUCGUUUCUUUACAUUCUCUACCGGAUAUACCACGGAUAUGACCUGCCCAGGUUAUCCAAGUGUUCUCUGGACCCGUGCCCCAACACUGUGGACUGCUUCAUCAGUCGUCCGACAGAGAAAAAGAUCUUCAUGUUGUUCAUGGUUGUGUCCAGCGCACUGUGCAUCUUCAUGUGUAUCUGCGAGAUGGUUUAUCUCAUCGGCAAGCGCAUCGCCAAAUUUUUUAGGGUCCGCCAAGACAACCAGAGGCUCCUGUUCGCUGAGCAGCACGAGCUCACCAACAUGGCCCCGCCCAGGUCCCAGUGUCACAGGAGGGACCCCACGCUGUCAGACAGCCAGCUGAGCUUAAACAAGAGGGAGAAGAUCAGAGAAGGUGGUAUGACUACCACCUUGUAGGACUAUACAAGUCGGUUUGUUUCUUACGGGUGGCAGCACAACAGGACCAAAAGAUAUCGAGUUAUAAACUAAAGGACUGAUAAAUCCUGUUAUUCUGGGACGCAGCUGAACAUGAAAUAUUCAUGACUUUCCGUUGAAAGGAUCUCCAACACUGGCUGGAAUACUGCUAAAGAAGAGGACUGCGAGUAUUUCUAUGUCUGGAUAUGACAUUUCUAUUUUUUAACCAUAUAUUUGAUCUACUCAGGCUGUUCCUCUAAAUCAUACGACCACAUAGGUUCCUACCCUCAACCCACAGGUUUCCUGAGUAAGUGCAGGCAGGAGAUCAACCCCUAGCAGUUUAAACACAUCAUUAACUUUGUGAAACUAUCUUAAGGUAAGAAAGUACAUGAUUAGGCAUGGAGAAAGAGUAUGAUAAAUAGACGUAACUACCAGAAGUGUGUGUAGAUAUGUACAUGGUGUAAAGACAAAGCAACAAGCUCUCCAACCUAAAUGUCAGAACCAGUCCUUUGUUAAUACCACCUAUAACGACCCAAGUGAACAAUUCAGGGUACAGAGCGGAGCAAAAGCUCUAAAAAUAUCGCACAUGUCAUUAUGCAUACAUGUGCUCGGUUAUAAUUCCAUUGAAUUUAGGCUACAAAACCGCUGAUCUAAGAUUAGGCUAAAAAAACCUGGUAAGGCAUUAUGAAAAACAGUAAAUACAUGCACAUAAAUGCCGGAGGUGAAGUAGUGAAAGGAUGACAUGACUUCUGGAAGUGACAUAGUUACGCAAGUGCAAGUAUGUUAUUCACAAAACGUGAGGCAUAGAAGUUCAGUGAUGUUUAAAUCACAUCGUUUACUUUGGUUUUUAUUAUUUUAACCAUCCAACACCCCUCCCAACCUCCCCGAAUGCGAGUUCUGUACUGUACUCUGUUCUAUGCUCCGCCUCGCUGUCAUUUACAAACGACCUAUGGGGUUGUUUUUCAGCGGAGACCAGUUAUGCACGAAAGAUGCUGGUUUCCUGGGUCAAAGUCCAUCGUGCUCCCUUCCACCAUCCCUCCUGCCUUUUUUACAUUACAAUCGCCUUGGCAUCCUUCAUAAUUACUAUUACCACUAUGUUGUAACUACAAAUCUACAUAUGGGGAGUUUCAAGCUGCUGUACAAAUGACACAUAGGGUUUAUUUUUUGUUAUUCCUCCGAAAAGUAAUGCACUGAAUUUCUUGACUAUUUCUUAAAAUUAUGCUUGUUCAAAAUGCAUACAGUGCAUGAAUACAUUAACAGUGGAUGGGAGGGGAGAUGGAGAGCACAAAUCCAGGAUUAUGAUCCAGAAGACCAAUGUUUGUGUCCUUUUGGAAACUUAUUCUCUUAUGUUCUACAUUAUAACUUGUUUCAUUAAUUCUAUAUGGAAGUUGUUUUAAGUCUAACCCUGUUGUUUUGUGGUUGUUUUUUCCUAAGCUUAACCAAGUAGUUUGGGGCUAAACUCAAGUAGUUCUGUAUCACAAAGUUACCAACAUGUUUAAAACAGCAACUGUUAUUUCAUCAUAUGAAAAUCAUAUGAACAUCACCUGUUCAUGAGAAUAUGUUGAUGGAUCACUACACAAACAUCCAGGAGAUUUUAGAGCACAAAUCUGAUGUUGUGUUUCAGGUCAUUGUUGAUAGAUUGUUGAUCAUGAAUCAAAAGUAAUAUAUCGCUUAUGUCAUGUCAUAUGUAAUUCCUUGGUGUAAGUAUUGUAAAUUGCAGCACUUGAUAUCUUCCACAUUGUUAAUAUCUUAUUAAUUAUGUGACUGAGAAAACAGAUCGCCUUUGGUGCUCUACGUGUUCAUACUUCUUCUGCUAAAGGGACCAAAAUGCCGCUGGGAAUUUGAUGAGCUGAUGAGUCAACUGGAUUGUUAUAAUGUGGUCCAAUUGUUUCGUUUAAGAUGUGUUUUUAUUGACCAUAUAAUGAAAUAUUUAAUUGCUUACAAAAAUAAAAAUGCUGAUUAAAAUUCAGAUCUAGAUUGUCUCCUGUUUUAUGAUAUACUGUGUGGUUGAAUGGUUGUUCU